CGGGCCGAAGCCCCGGGGCCGACGGCGGAGGAUGAGGCUGAGGCGGCUGCUGCUGCGCUACUACCCGCCGGGAAUUAUUCUGGAAUAUGUACAAGGUGGUGAGCCAAAGACCAGAUCUAUAGAUCUACUUGAUCUUAGGCCUGACACAGACGCCAUAGCCUUAGUAGAAGAAAUUCGAAAGGGAGAACCUCUCAUCACAGCUUCAUGCAAGGAACAUGUCAUUCAUUUAGUGCGAAGAUUGCAAGAGAAGCUAGGGGAAAAAGAGGAUCACAAGUUCUGUCUUUUUAAGGUACUUAGAGCACACAUAUUACCACUGACUAAUGUAGCGUUUAACAAAUCUGGUUCCCGCUUCAUCACUGGAAGCUAUGACAGAACCUGCAAAGUAUGGGAUACUGCAUCAGGAGAACAGCUACGUACACUGGAGGGACAUGGAAACGUUGUCUAUGCAAUAGCUUUCAAUAAUCCCUAUGGUGACAAGAUUGCCACUGGAUCUUUUGACAAAACCUGCAAACUGUGGAAUACAGAAACGGGAAAAUGUUAUCAUACUUUCAGAGGACAUAGUGCAGAAAUAGUAUGUUUAUCAUUUAAUCUUCAGAGUACAUUGGUGGCAACUGGAAGCAUGGAUACCACUGCCAAAUUAUGGAAUAUAGAGAAAGGAGAAGAAAUAGUCACUUUAAGUGGACAUUCAGCAGAAAUUAUUGCAUUGUCUUUCAACACCACUGGAGAUAGGAUUAUCACUGGCUCCUUUGACCAUACAGUAGCAGUGUGGGAUGUUGGCACUGGCAGGAUGUUACAUACUUUAAUAGGUCACCGAGGAGAGAUUAGCAGUGCACAGUUCAACUGGGACUGUUCUCUCAUUGUCACUGGAUCAAUGGAUAAAACAUGCAUGCUGUGGAAUGCUAUGACUGGGACACAUAUAGCAACUUUAACAGGUCACAGCGAUGAAAUACUGGAUGUCUGCUUUGAUUAUGCUGGCCAGCGUAUUGCAACUGCCUCUGCUGAUGGAUCAGCAAGAGUCUAUAAUGCAGAAACAAAAAAGUGCAUUGCAAAGCUAGAAGGGCAUGGAGGUGAAAUUUCAAAGGUAUGUUUCAACCCUAAAGGCAAUCGUAUACUGACAGCCAGUUCUGAUAAAACAGCUCGACUCUGGGAUGCUGCUACUGGACACUGCCUUCAGAUAUUAGAGGGUCAUACUGAUGAGAUAUUCUCUUGUGCUUUCAAUUACAAAGGCGAUAUAAUCAUUACAGGAAGCAAGGAUAACACCUGUAGAAUAUGGCACUGACAGAAGAGAAGGAAAGAUCCAGUUUGGUAUAUGCCUACUUUGUGAGUUUCAUAGUCAAUAAACUCAGUCUUUCAGAUCUGUUUUCUUUUACCCUCUUUGUUCACCUUCAGCUUUGCUGAAGUAGAAAAGUUACCUAGAUUUUGAUAGGUUUGACUUUGCUGAUGUCUGGUAGAUAUGGAAUCACAGAACAGUAGGAGUUGGAGGGGACCUCUGGAGAUUGUCUAGCGCAACACCUCUGCUCAAAGCACUAUCAAGCAAGCAGGCUGCCCAGGACUGACGUGGUUUUGAAUAUCUCCAAGGAUGGAGACUCCACAGUUUCUCUGAGCAAUAGUGUUUACAUAGUGUUUGAUCACUCUCACAGUAAAAAAAGUUGGGAUUUUUUUCCCUUAUAUUUAAAUGGAAUGUUUUCUCAUAUUUCAGUUUGUGCAUGUUACCUCUUCACUAGGUAUCACUGAGAAGAGUCUGGCUCUGUUAUUUCAGUCACCUGAGAGAAAUCAUGAUUAGUGUGAAUGAAUCCAGUAGGAUGGCCCCAUUUCUUUCUGUGUCACUCUUAACUUCUAACUUUUAUUUAAAAAAAUACAGCAUUAUAAUGCUCUCAGGUGUGAAAGGGGUGUUGUUAUGCACUUGUUCUGAGUACUUUUGUAUUAAUUUUUUUGUUGUGUAAUGAAGUAUUGAGUUAAAAUGCCAGUUUCACUACUUGUAAUACAAUGUCCCACUUGGUAUUUCCAGAGAAAACCAGCAACCAUUUGUGAAUUGCAUUGCUAUUAACUAUUGCAUAUAUGCUGUAGUUAAACUCCUGCUCACCCCCCUUUCAUACUUGCCCACAUCUUUCCAUUCAUACCAUUCAUUUCUGCUCAGUCCUCAUUCUCCCAUUCUCACCUGAGGUAAAGAAAAAAUAAUAUGGGUGGUGACUCCAACUCUGAAUCCUGGCCCAAAGAUUAUGGCUAGCACGAAGAAACUCUACACACUAAAGAGUUGGAGCCAAGGACUGUGACAUAAACUGAGAAGUGGAUGAGGAACUACUGCAAAUUAUUUACCAUCCUACAGUGAGCUCUAGCCCAGGCUUACCUCUCACCAGCAAUUGCCAACAGGUUUCACCUGUGCAGAGCUCACCCCACUUCCUAGCAGAGCACCUGAAACUGCAGUUGCUUUUGGCAGGGGAGUAGAGAAGGAGCAGAGCCAACUGGUCUCUUCUAGUAGCCUUGGAAGAAGGAUGAAGAGGCAAAGAGGGUAGGAUUGAACAAAGUAUGCAUGUUGACUGAGGGGAAAAAAGGAAGAAAGGAAGCGUGCAGCAGAAAAUGAACUUGAAGGUAUUUUGUUUAUAUUGUAUAUCUCUGGGUGGUUAUGGACUUGACUUCUAAAUGUUGUUAAAUUUAAUAGGAAGUUACUAAUGCUGAUGUGUUUUGACUGUCUCUGAGUGCUUGCCAGCAUCCUUGUCUGUAAAUGAAGAAACGAAAUUGCCUGUCAUCAGUUGGCAAAUAUCCUGGUUGUCUCAAGUAGUGUUGUGUUGUGGGAGAGCUAAGCAGUGUGCUGCAGAUCAUUUAAAAUUAAACCUUUAUGAGUAGGCGAAGUGGCUGAUAUUAAUGUUACUGUAAUGCUUGUGGUGUUUCCUGUUGUCUUGUGCAAAGAUUUAUGAUAUCAAAAGUGCAUCUCAGUAAUCCAGAAUUGAAAGGGGCAGGAAGGGCAAUGCAGUUCUAUGUUACUUUAGAAUUGCUCAGUGUCCCUAGAUCAGUUUGCACCUGUACUUACAGAUGUGACAUGGGGGAUUUCUGGCUGACAAAAAUGGAGGAAAAUUAGUGUAAUGAAGUGUGUACAAAUACUGCUACAUAGUUAAAAACUGAAAUCUGACUUGCUGUGUAACCAUCACAAAGUAAAAAAAAUUCUUUGGGACUGCAAUUAGGAAGUCAAUUUUUUUUUUUGCUUAACCCUUCAGGUUGGGUUAUUUUCUGUUGCUUUUUCUUUUAUGAUUUUUCUCUUAUACUAUGCUAGUGAUUCAGUGAAUCAAACAUCUGUAGUAGCUUUUGGCUUCGUGCUCUUGUCCUAUUUUUAUGCAAAAUUUUGAGUGGGUUGAGGUUCCAUAGGCUAAGCAUUGGACUGGGAGGCCAUCUGGGCUCUAUUUCUGACUCUCCCUAGAUUCACUGAGUGAGUAGAAUUGCUCUUCGGGCUAAGUUAUCCAGGUUUCCUGCUCAAAUGUGAAACACACAUCUGGUGUGAUUCACAGCACAAAAAAGCGUGCUGACUUGGCGCCUCGUAAGAACUUCAAAAGUACUCUAGGUACCAUCAUAUGAAUGCUUUGAUGUUAGGCUCUCUGCACCUUGGUUUACCCAUAUGUAGAUUUAACAAAUUUUAGAGAUAUAUGUUAGGAGUGCGUUGUAUAGAUGUAUCAUCCUGAAACCAUUCUGUGUCUCUGGUAGCAGCCUGAUCCCUUUCUCUAAUUCUACUUCAGUCCCUGCAACCAAAAUAGCAUGUGUGUGUGUGCUCUAACUCUAUUGUCUGGUGCCUUUUUAAUCUUAUAAAAACAUUUGGAUUCUACAUACCUUACGCUCGCCAAGCUGUUACUUUAAUCACUGCGUGGUUGGAGUGGGAUGUGGCUUUCAACAUUAUCCUGCAGUGCUGGCAAACUUGAUUCACUGUGACGUUAUUGAAAAGGAUUACCUCAGGUGACUCCUGAAGUGUGCUUUAGUAAGGACUGUCACAGUGGAAAUCAUAUUUGCUGUAUUGUUUCUGUCCUUUAGACGGCUGAAUCCUUCCACUAUAUAUCUCUGUGAAUAUACAAGUUUGUUUUUCUGGGAAAAAUGCCCUUAGCUUGUGUCAUGUAACUUCCCCAGGGCUGAAUGUACAUUUUACAAGACAAGGACAAGAAUUACCAUGUAAGCACAUGAUGUGUACUUGGAAUCUUGACGUAUGCUUUUUGUAUCUCUUGAGAUUCAAAUUAUUUUCUGAAUAGGUGAGGAUAAUAAUACUUAUACCCACUCAUGUUUUAAAAGUGGCACUUUGUGAGACUUUCUUUUUUAGCUGCUUCUGUGUGAUUGCUUGCAUUUCCUGGGUAGUUAGUGAAAGGAUAUGAAAUAUAUCCUGCUUGGUUAUAUUUUCCAGUGUGCUGCACUUCACUGUCUAAUUUUCAGCUGAAGCUGGGAGGAGGGCACAGUACCCAUCAGCCAGACCUGUCUUCAUUGCAAAUUAUUUUAAUUAGUUUGAUAGUCCAGCUAUCUAAUUUAACUGUCUGUCCUGCUAAAUGCUGUACAGCUGCAAGUUGCUUUCUGAAGGCCUGUUCCUUGCAAUGACUGGCUUUAGAGUGGGUUUGAAAAAGUGGCAUUAUGAGUUUGCUCAUAAUUAGGAAUGGCUCUGCCUUGAAUUAAAAUUCUUAAAUUGGCUGGUAUGGAUGUGCUUUCCUUCUCAGAUGGAAUUUGUUUUGUUUAGUAAGUAGCUCAUGUGGGCUUUUUAUUUCAAUGGAGUGGUGGGUUUCUUUCCCCUGACAUUUUGAAAAUCAGAGUGCAGGAUUCAUGGUGACAUUCCUAUGCUCAUCUGUCAUGUAGCUCUGCAUGAAACUAGACAAGAGAGACAGUAAGAUCAGCCUCUCCAGAAAGGUUACCUGCUGAAUUUAAUAGGAUAACUGUAAACAGGUGACCAUUUUUAUCACAGACCACAAUAAAAUGGUUAAUUUACUUGAAGACACUAUGAAAAUCUUUGGUGUUAGGACAAAAUUGAGGUAGAUUAUAGUUUUUCAACUUCUAAUGAUCCCAGCAUUAAAAGCACCCUAAACAAAACCAAACGAAAAAUGAAGUUUUUAAAUACAUAUUUUUCAGUAGGUAAUUCUCCUGUAUUUGAAUUAAUGUAUCUAAGAGGCCAAAUUCUGCUCUUCAUUAGGUGGGUGGUAGAGUCGACACCAGGGUGGAAGGCGCCUUCCCCUGAAGCUGUUUUGCAGCGUAGGAAGGUGAGUGGGACAGCCCUGGCUGGGAUCAGCGCUGCAGCAGGUGCUGAGGCAAAUGUGUCUGCUGCUCCCAUGGAUGGCCUCUGAUGGCCAGGGCAUCUCCUGAGGCUCGUAGGGUUUGUCUUCCUUAGUAAAUUGUGGUGUAUCUCUUUCAAGAACUUAUACAGAUCCCCAAGUGGGAACUUGAAUCUAUGUACAAGUUUUGCAUCCUCUCAUUUCAUAAUGUGUCAUCUCUUUUUGUUUGCUUUGAGUCUGGCUCAUGUGAGUUUCAUUUGUUGGGUCUUAGUUUGUACUGGGAAAGAUAGUGAGCAGCCACCCCCUCCAUGCCCUUGUGAUGUUAACAACCUGCAUCAUGCUCAUGUAUACCGAGAGGCUAAACUGCAUAUAAUUUACUCUGAGAUUUUUACCUAAAAUUGUAUGUAGUAUCAAGUUCUCAUUUAUAUGUAUUUAAAGUUGACUUUUAAUAUUUUUCAGCCUUUUUAAAUGGUGAAUGUGUCCUGUUCCAAUUUACUUGGAUAAGUGUUGGUUUCCUUUUCUGUUUAGUCAUAGAAAUACCACCUAGGCAAUAGGGCAGUAAAUAUCUGUGCAAACUUAAACAAGCAGAAGAAAAUCCUGAACUUCUGUCUCUGCAACCCCCUGCCUGCUUUUGCAGGUGCUGAAAGCAGCUAGAGUGAGCACUAAUAGCGAUUUGGUAUGUUGGGAGUUAUUCUGGGGUUAAUUCUCAGCAAUGAACAUGUAAUUUCUCUUUAUCUUACUGCGAUACUAAGAAUGUUAUGAUUAGCCUUGUAUCACUUGAAUGAGUUGUAGAACCUGAGUAAAGCUGUAGCUUUGGUACUGAGGUAAGGACCUGGAGCUUGCUCUGACUUGUUUUGGUCCGGGCCAUGGGUCAGGUUUUUCAUUCAGAAGCAGAGCUUUGAGAAGCUACAGGGGUGGCAGGCAAAUAUUAUUUAAUAGGUCAAAAAAACCAUAGCACAUCCAUAAACUUUUUAGAAAGGCAAAGAGGACGCACAUUAUAACAUAAAUUUAUUUCUGAAUAAAUUGCAACAUUAAGAACUACUGUACAGAGAAACUGCAUCACACUGUUACAACUCUGUCAUGAUAUUUGUGCUUUGUAGGAUAAGUAAACAUUUAUUCUAUCACAGCAAAAAAUUGUAUACUGACAACUAACUGUAUUUGGUUUAAAAAUAAAUACACUCCCAUUUAUUAACUCAAACAAAGCACUUUAAGUCUACAAUACUUGGUGCUUUUUAUUGACUUUCAGCCUCAGAAAUGCUGAGCAUUCAGAGUUGCCACUCACAUUAGUGGGAGUUACGGAUGUUCAGCAAUUCCUAGGAGCAGGCCCAGUGACUGCACAGUUACAUUCAGAGUAUGCAAUAAGUCGACCUUUAUCUUGACAGUAAAGUGACCUUCACUGUUUUGUAUAUACUGCGGAGUAGAUGUAGAAUUACUCAUGUUGUUUAAUGUUCCAUGUUAGAUUUUGAUUCACUAACAGUUUGUAUUUCAGAACAAAUGAGUGAUGCAGUCAUGCAAGUUUAGGAAUGGUUUUAAAGAUAAAAUUGAUAAUAUGGCUCUUUUUCAUAAAUUAUUUAAAACUACUUCAAAAUUUUCAAAAAUAUUUAGUGCAAAAGGAUAGGUUGGGUUUUUUCAAGAAAUAUUACAGAAGCAUAUACUGUUAUAUGGAAAAUAAACCAUCUCUUCAAUAUUUUAUUGGGAAAAGCAGGCAGGUUUUCUACUACGCUAUUUGGGUAGGGAGAGAUGAAAGAUAAAUAUUUUCAAAGAAACAAAUCGCAGAAGAGCUGUGAAGUGCUAAGUUAUAUUAACUUUAAAUUCAAAACCAAUCUCUUUGGCAGAGUGAAGAGAAUGUAUCAUUAAGUGCGUGAUACUAACAGAUCAUCUCAACAAGACGAUACCAUAGUAUAUCUUAUCAAACCAUUAUAUAAAUGUUAUAGUAACGUGAACUAUCACAUAUAGUCCAAACACUAAUAUCCAAAAUGAACAAGUAUGUCUACUGAAAUUUUAACAAUCAUUUUGCGUUCUUCUCAGUUAAAAAAAUUAAGAUUUUUAUGAUGAGAUGGUACUCUUUUCAGAUAUGCAUUUCUUCACCUUAUUAACAAUUUAUUUGAUUGAACUAAAAUUAAAAUAGUAUUUUUUUCCACUGCUUUUAACUGAUAUGUAGCAUGUUACAUAGUGCUUUAAACAGAAGCACUUUACGUAAUGAUUGUAUUAUCAUUACUCCCUCUUACCAGGUAGGCACACUGAGGCACAGAGGUGAAAUGACUCGCCCAAGGUCACGUGGCAGGUGUGUGGUGGGACAGGGUUAGAAACCUGCUGCCCUGACUUGCAGAGCUGUGUUCAGGGAUAUGCCAGGUGUAGCUAGACUGAACUGCAUUGCCUCCAAGUGAAAAGGAAUGAAGUUUUUAAGGGUAGUAACUGAGAGUUCAGAUUUUAUUUCCUUGAGAAGAAGACAGGAAUCGGGAACAGCUAUGGAAGAGAAAUAAUCACAUGGAAAGAAACUAAAAUGUGUUUUCAGCAGCUUUUUAUUGUAUUGUCUAUCUGCAAAGGUGUUAAGUGUUCAAAAGUUUGGGUGGUUUUUUUUUUUUUUUUUUUUUUUUUUUACCCCUUAACAGACUAUGAGGAUUUAAAAAAAAAAAAAAAAAAAAAAUCAAUUCUUUAUCUAGGGAAGUGAGUGUCUCCAGCCAUCCUGGAACAAACUCUGGUUCUAAUAGUUAAACUGUACAAAUAUUGGUGUUUUAAAACUGAAUGUUGGUGUACUAUCCCAUUUUAGCUGAUUGAUUUAAUCAAACUGAAUAAAAUGGAACAUAUUAGAUAAUUUAA